AUGCAAACUAUAAAAUGUGUUGUUGUGGGUGAUGGAGCAGUCGGUAAAACUUGCUUGCUUAUAAGCUAUACAACGAACAAGUUCCCUUCAGAGUAUGUGCCGACUGUGUUUGAUAAUUAUGCUGUCACCGUUAUGAUUGGCGGGGAACCUUACACUCUCGGACUUUUUGAUACUGCAGGUCAGGAAGAUUAUGAUAGACUGAGACCUCUAAGUUAUCCGCAAACAGAUGUUUUCCUUGUAUGCUUCAGUGUUGUAAGUCCCAGUUCAUUUGAAAAUGUUAAAGAAAAGUGGGUGCCGGAGAUUACUCAUCAUCAACAGAAGACACCAUUUCUCCUCGUAGGGACUCAGAUUGAUUUAAGAGAUGAUCCUGGUACUAUGGAGAAACUGGCUAAGAUAAAACAGAAGCCUGUGUCGUUUGAACAGGGAGAGAAAUUAGCUAAGGAGCUGAAAGCUGUUAAAUAUGUGGAGUGUUCAGCUCUUACUCAGAAAGGGCUAAAGAAUGUGUUUGACGAGGCCAUACUAGCAGCCCUCGAACCACCGGAACCAGUUAAGAAAAAGAUAUGCGUCCUCUUGUAA